AUGGGCAGUGCUGGUCGGCGACUGACCAUGCUGCAGCAGAAUCGAACUGCCUUUGAGGAUGCAAUACUCACCAACCUGGAGAAACCCAGUCACCCAAAGGGUCUUGAGUGGACCAUGGUGGAACCAUCCAGUAACCCUUCAACUCCUGAACGGACACUGCCUGUCUACUUGUCCUAUUUCGACAUGUUGCUAACUGAAGACUAUGCAUGGCUAUCUAAGGGGCUGGUGGAGCGGCCAGAGACUGACCACAUCAUGAAGACUGAGCUGCACAAAGAGCCAGAACAAUGCCCCAUAGUGGACAGUCAGGAGCUAUGUGUACCCACAGAGCUGGACUAUCAGAACAGUGUCCACUUUGAAGAAAGGUCACUAGAACAGGUUCAGACGAUGGUGGUUGGCGAAGUUCUCAAGGAGAUAGAAACAGCCUGUAAGCUACUAAACAUUGCAGCAGAUCCAAUAGAAUGGAGUGUGGGCAAUGUUCAGAAGUGGAUUCUAUGGACAGAGCAUCAAUACCGACUGCCACAAAUUGGGAAAUCUUUCCAGGAGCUCAGCGGCAAGGACCUGUGCUCCAUGUCAGAAGAGGAAUUCAGACAAAGAUCACCGAUGUGCGGUGAUAUUUUGUAUGCACACCUGGACAUCUGGAAAUCUGCUGCCUGGAUGAAAGAGAAGUCAUCACCAGGAGAUAACAGAUAUAAUGGCAGUGAUGAAGGAUGGAUGGACACAGAAGCAGACUCCUCCUGUUCUGGUCAACCAAUUCACCUUUGGCAAUUCCUGAAGGAACUGUUGCUGAAGCCACACAACUAUGGUCGAUUCAUUCGCUGGCUGAACAAAGAGAAAGGUAUAUUUAAGAUUGAAGAUUCUGCACAGGUCGCUCGGCUAUGGGGAAUCCGGAAGAACCGACCAGCAAUGAACUAUGACAAGCUAAGCCGUUCUAUCCGACAAUAUUAUAAAAAGGGGAUUAUUCGGAAGCCUGAUGUAUCACAGCGUUUGGUGUACCAGUUUGUACACCCUGUGUGA